AUGACUUUGUAUGCUGAUCAUCGUGACAAUGUCCUGAAAGCGGCCUGUUUUGGAGGAAACGUGGAAAUAGUCAAGUAUGUUCUCUCACAGAACGUUCUUGGCAUCAACAGCAGAGGGGCGUACAGGCAGACACCCCUGAUGGAAGCAGCUUCACGGGGACAUCAUGACGUGUUUGACGUACUGAUAGAAGCUAAAGCUGACGUGCCACUGGUUGAUGAGCACGGUAACAACAUCCUUCAUCUGGCCUGUUUGUAUGGACAGGAGGAGAUGGUGAAGUAUCUCCUGUCCAAGGACUAUGCGGACAUUGACACCAAGAACAGUCGUGGGAAAACAGCAGCUACGAUAGCAAAAUAA